UUGAUCACAAUUUAAAUAAAAAAUUUAAUAACAAAUCAAUUAUGAAUUGUGAAAAUAUGAUAUCUUUAAAUUAAGUAAAAUGUUAAAAAUGGACUUAUAGCAAUGAUAUUGAUUGAAAUUGCAUUUUAUCAAGUCACAUUCUGCUUGACCAACCUCUUCCACACGGUUAUUCCCGCGCUUUCUCGAUAUAAGCACAGUUUUUGUUCUAUUUCCUGCAAGCCCACAGAUUUUGUUUUGUGUUCUGGCGAAAGAGCGUUUUAAGCAUAUUGAAGUUAUUUUGUGAAGUGGGUUGACCUGGGAACAUGGCUUUUCUAAGCACUCGGGCUAUGCUGGUUUUGGGUGUAUCAAUGGCGGUCGCCCUCCACUGCGCCGCUGCGGCUACUUACACCGUGGGAGGCACCACAGGGUGGACUGUGCCCAGUGGCAAUACGCUAUACACCAGCUGGGCUUCCAGUAACACCUUCAAAGUUGGAGAUUCACUAGUGUUCAACUUCGCUACAAAUGCCCAUGAUGUUCGUCAAGUGAAUAAGAUAAAUUACGAUAGCUGUAAUUCAACUGAUGCUUUGCAUACCUAUGCAACUGGACCUGCCACUGUUAAUCUCACAGCAUCAGGUCGUCGAUACUACAUCUGUAGCUAUCCGGGUCACUGCAGCGGUGGGCAGAAGUUAGCAAUCACAGUCUCAGCAACUUAUCCACGGUCAUCCUUACCGCUAGUAUCACUGCCAUGGUCAUCCUUACCGCUAGCAUCACUGCCAUUGUCAUCCCCAACAUCAUCACCAUCGCCAUUGUUACCCCCAACACCAUCACCAUCACCAUCGCCAUUGUUACCCCCAACACCAUCACCAUCACCAUCGCCAUUUUCAUCCCCAACACCAUCACCAUCAGCUGCUACGACGAGUUAUACUGUGGGAGGCAGCUACGGGUGGAUAGUGCCAUCUCGCAAUAAGCUAUACGACAACUGGGCUGCCAAUAAAACCUUCAAAGUUGGAGACUCGCUCGUGUUCAACUUCACUGCAAAUGCACAUAAUGUUCUUCAAGUGACAAAGACAAAUUACGAUAACUGUAGUGCGACUAGUCCCUUGCAAACCUAUUUAACUGCACCUGCAACUGUUAAUCUCACAGCAUCAGGGCCUCAUUACUACAUCUGUGGCUUUCCCGGUCACUGCCUUCUUGGGCAAAAGUUAGCAAUCACAGUCUCUGGAAAACUUUUCAACCGUAAGAAGAAGUGGAUGUCCUCCAGAUUUGAAGCAGCUAUAGGAGUUUCAACUGCUGUCUUCAUUACCUCAACCAUCAUUUUUAUUUACAUUAGAAUUAAUCGAAGGAAAAGGGAGCUGCAAGAGGAAGAGGAGGAGGACAUUAGAGGGUAUAUGGAUCCCCUUGAUUCAAGACCUCCUUCAGUUGAGAACUUCUUACAUGCAGGAAUUCCCACCAGAUAUUCUUAUGGUCAGAUCAAACGAUACACCAACAAUUUUGCAAUUAGACUUGGCCAAGGAGGUUUUGGUACAGUUUUCAAAGGUGAGCUUCCUAAUGAAUGUAUGGUAGCCAUUAAAAUUCUUGACAAAUCGAAGCAUAGUCGAAUCCAAUUCAUGAACGAAGUGGCUACCAUUGGAAGGAUCCACCACGUGCAUCUGGUGCGACUUUUAGGAUAUUGCUCCGAAGGUUCUAAAAGAGCUUUGGUUUACGAAUACAUGAUCAAUGGUUCCCUUGAAAAAUAUAUCCAUGGAGAUGAUCAAAAUGUGUUGAAUUGGAAACAAUUGUAUUCUAUUGCAAUGGGUACAGCUCGUGGGCUAGCAUAUCUACAUGAUGAUUGUCGAAAUAGGAUUUUGCAUUGUGACAUAAAACCCCAUAAUGUGUUGUUGGAUGCCAGUUUCUCCCCAAAAGUUGCAGAUUUUGGUUUGGCAAAAUUAACAGAUAGAGAGGAAAGCCACGUGUCUCUUACAGGUGCCAGAGGUACCCCUGGUUAUGUGGCUCCAGAGAUGUGGUCUAGAAGCAAUGGACCUGUGACUGACAGAUCAGAUGUGUACAGUUAUGGUAUGUUGGUCAUGGAAAUGGUGGGAGGAAGAAAGAACUUUGACAUGAAAGCAACCAGAUCCAGCAAAUUUUACUAUCCAGAGUGGGCAUUCAAACAAGUAGAAAUGGGAGAAUUUCGAAACUUGAGAGGAGAAAAUAUAGCAGAUGAUGAAGAUGAAGCUAUAGCCAAGAAGUUGAGCAUGUUGGGAUUGUGGUGUAUUCAGUACAGCCCUUCUCAGAGGCCUUCUAUGAGUAGGGUGAUUCAAAUGCUGGAAGGAACUAUUGAUAUUGACAUGCCUCCUCAGCCCUUUCCUAUCGAUACAUCAGUUGAAAUAGAAGCCUCCACUGAAUCAUCAUCUCUCAUGUGAUGUGUACUCAUAUGCUCUCAUUCAUUACAUCUCAUCUAUGUCACAAGGCAUAUGCUAACGGCUCAAUGAAUGCUGAUCUCAACUUUCAGAACUGGGGAAAAAUCUAAUUUACAUGAGCAGUAUAGUCUAUCUGGUUAAUGGUGCCACAAAUUUUUUCCUACUGUAUUGAAAUAUACCAUGCUCAAUGUUUUCAAUAACAAAGUUAAGCAGGGAUUUUGAAAGGGUCUAAAUUUUUGUGACAAUAAGAAAGAUAAAGCAAAAAGUUCAACAAGACAACCAAACAACAGUUGUAGAACAACUAAACUACAAGAGACAAGGCAUUACAAUAUUAUGGAUGAUGCUGUUAAAAAUAUAAAUGAUAUUUAAUCACGCUUCAAAACAUGUCAUUGAGGGUCAUGUUGCAUGUAAGAGACUCCUCUAUUCGCAUAUAUUAUCUAUUUAAAGAUCUUUGGAUCUUUUAGUAAUAUAGAGCAAAUGUAUUCAAGCCCUCCAAUUUCAAUAAUUGAUAUUUAAGUUUCAUCAAA